AUGUCGACGCUUUUUCUGGUGCAGACAUGUCAUGUGUACCGUGUGCCUCCGAGGACUAGUGCAGCCGGAUAUCGCGCUGCAGAAUGGGGAGACACAUCGAAACCAUUAUGGACCGGACGUUUGCGUGUUUUGGAGCACGCAGGUUUGUGUGAGAUUCGACUUGAAGACGCAUCGUCAGGCGAAUUAUUUGCUUCAUGUCCAUACGAUGUAACUGGCAAGAGUGUGGAAUCUGUGCUGGACUCUUCCAGAUACUACGUGAUCCGUGUUGAAAGUAAUGAGAAUGGCUCAAAACGACAUGCAUUUAUCGGAAUAGGCGUAAGUCGACAUGCGCGACAAUGUGCAGUUGCAUCUGACCAAAAAGUUUGUGGAACGAACCGAAAGCUUUGA